AGUGACCCCAGCCCAGUUCCCGUUUGCGCCAUGGCGCCGGGCAACUGGAGGUGAGAAGGCCGGCCACUUGCCUUCGCCCAGCUGGCCAUGAUGCCGCUGGCACCCUUCACCUCCGCCGCUUCUGCGGCGGCGUCUUUGGCCAGCGCUGCCUACGGCAGCCUCCGAGGCUCCGAGGAGGAGGCCAAGGGGCUGCGCGAGGUGUCUCAGGCUGCGGAGAGGGCACAGGGCUUGGCCAUCCACCUGGCGGACCGCCUCAGCACUGCGAGGACUGAUUUGGACAGCGCUUUGUCACCAAGCUCCGUGGUGAGGGGCAUCAGAGAGGUCGGGUACCGCGCGUCGAGCGUGCUGCAGCGGUUGAGGUCUUCCACUGUGGAGCUUUUGUCCAUGGAGGACGGCCCUACUGAGUCUGCGGAAGUCUUGGGCUUGAGCCGGCAGCUCUGGGAGUGUUGGCACUCCAAGCACAUGGCGCUCACUGCCGCAGAGCGGCUGUACCUGACCCUUCUCUCCGAGUCGCGGCGCACCGCCGCCCUCAUGGCCGAGCUGGCGGCGGUGCAGCGCUUGCUGCAGGAGGAGCCUACGACCGAGCUAUCGCGCCAAAAAGCCGUCGAGAGCUGCAGCGCCCAAAUUCAGGCGCAGGCCUUGGAGGCUGUGAAGGCCUUCGAGGGCCGAGCCAGGGACUAUCCCUGCGGCUGCCCGCACACACGGACGGGACUGCUCCGCAUCUCCCGCAGGGAGGAGGAUCUGAGUUCCGUGCGCGAGGCCUUCCAGGCCUUGGUGUGUGCCGAGGAGGCCGAGCUUCUGGCGCAGGCUAAAGAGUUGCUGGUGGCUCCGGACCUCAGGACCUUGACGUCGACCCUGGCGCGGCGCCAGGUCUUCUGGGAGGAGCAGAUCGAAGAGAAUUGGCAGCAAUGGUCACAUCAGUCUGGGCUGUUUCAUGAGGCUCAGGCGGGCGCUGCCGACUGCUGGGCGCAGUUGCGUUGUGCUUGGACACUGGCCUUGCCAAUGCGUGCAAAGGCCCAACACCUGCUGGAGGUCACAGCAGGGGAUCAGACAGAACAGGGGCCAGCACUGCACAAGGUGCUGGUGGAGGUUGCCGCCACCUUGGCGCUGCUGGGCGCCUGGGCGCACUUCCACAACCUCAGGGGCGACGGCAGCGUCCUGUCGGAGGUCCAGGCGUUGUUCCAGAGUCUUCUUGAGUGCUUGAACACGCGCUUCGAGAAAUACCAGGGCACCGCGGCGGUCCGGGAGAUGCUGCGAGCCAGGGAGGCCUGGCAGCUCGUUGAGGCCCCAUCUCACAGGCCUGAUGACUGGUGGCAUCCUGACAAUUGGCCCAGGUGGAACGAACAAGCUGAAGGACCGAGCUGAGCGGUAGGUGCGGAGCAGUGGCCAGUGGCUGCAGAUUGACAUGGAAC